AUGCUCAAGUUAGUUCGAAACAAGUCCCUACAACUAGGGGUAGCACAAUAUAAUAAAGGGUAUAAAAUAUAUGAUAUAAAUUACAAACACUUUUAUAAUGCGAAAAGGAUGUUUUCAAACAAAGAACUCCAGAAUUAUAAACAAAAAAAGGGAAACAGUAAAAGUACAAAUAUAAAAUUUCCAUUAAACCCAAAGGAAGAAGACAUUCGAGAUAUAUAUUUUAAUAAUAAAAUAAUCGAAAAAAAAUAUGCCGAUAUAAAAAUAAAAGAUAGUCAUAAUAAAACAUUAUUCGAAUAUUUGCCAAUUGAAGGAAGGACAAAUAAAGUGCCAAUCAAUUUUAAAAUAAUUCAUUCAUUUUUUUUAUUUACUUUAUCAAGUGGAGUAUUAUUAAUUCAUAUAUUACCAGAAUUAGGUAUAGAAAAUUAUAUAAGAGAUAUAUUUACAUUUGAAAUUUAUAAUUGUUCAUGUUUUUUAGUAUUAAAUGGAGGAUUUAAUUCAUUAUUACAAUUAAUUCAAUAUGGAAUACCCCCUAAUAGAAAGCAUAAAGGUUUAUAUAAUAGUUUACGUUUUAUAUCAGCCUUAAUUCCAUUAUUUUUUGGACUAUUAUCAGCUUCUUUAUGUGAAAAUUUUCCAAGAGAUAGUGUGUUUUUAUUAAUUUUAUCUUAUUCUACUCUAUUAUUAAAUUAUUAUUUCUUACAUAUAAAAUGUUUGGUACCUCCAUGGUUAUAUAAACAAUAUAAAAUUAUUAUAUCAGCUGUAAUGCUUAAUUUGUUUUUAUUGUUAAUAAGUGAAGCACAAUUAUAUAGAGGGAGAGGAAUUUCAAUAAAUGUCGAUAAGUCUGAGGAUAUAGUUCCAUUUUCAUAG